GCCGGUCCAGAAGGCUGCAGCAGCAUGGACGAUGGAUGAUUGCAUGUGGAUGUUCCAGAACAGCGACGAUGUCAAGGCCGACACGGAGAUGAUGUUGGAAUUGUGUACCGAGAUCAGCGAGAUGGCCAAGAGCUUUGAAAAGAUGCUGGUGAUUCCGAAUGGCUCCGAUGUGUUCAAAUCGUUGUGUUCAAGGGUCAAGCAAUACUGCCAAGAAGCCAAGGACUUGCAGGGCUUAGAUCUCCGCCAAGAGGUCGCCAUCACCAUCGGCGUCAUGAUGGGCUGUGACGUCUUCUUGAACGAACAGUUUGCCAGCUCGCAGAAGGAAGCCGUGCCACAGGUGUUGAACUACCUCACUUCGACGCUUGGUGUGACAAAGAAGGACUUGGCUCAAGUCUCUAGCCGACUCGUGUCGCAAAUGGAUGCUGUGCGUCCUGAAGCAGCGCAGCUUGCUGGACGGAAGCGUCCUAGUGAGCCGGGGUCAGGCUCUGAGCCCAAAGCCAAGACAGGCAAGACACCCAAGGUAAAGGGCGAGUCAAAGGAGUCGAAGGCUCCUGAGUCUGCCGAUGUGAAGAAGAACAAGAAGCGUCGCCAAGACAGUGUUACAAGCCUUCCCAGCCGUUCGAGCACGGGCUCCAAGAAGAAGGUGGCCAGGGUGAUCCUCUACUGGGGCUUGAAGUUCCCAGGGAUUCCAAUCUUGCUUAGCAAAAAGGAUGUCAGCGAUGCUUUCAAGUGGAUUCCGGUAGCCCUUCCAGAUAGCCGGUUCUUUGCCGCUGACCUUCCUGCUAGUUACCUCGAUUCCGAGUUCGAUGCAACCCUCGUCUAUGGGUUUAUGACCUUUGGAUGGAGAGGGGCACCCGGCGAGUACAUGGCCUACGCUUGGGUACUCAAGGCAGCCCAUGAGGCGCAUGGGCCCAGCAACCCCGAUUGGGAAGCCACCGAUGUCGCCUUCCACUCCUUCGUCCUUAUGGACGACUCGGUGCUCAUAGAGCCCGACAUCGGCAUGAGGCCCUGGAUCUCUGUCGAAACCGCCGAAGCGGUCACUAAACAGACCCUUGGCCCAAAGGCCAUCAACCCGGAGAAGGACGAAGUGGAAGGAGCUCUCGAAACCAGGAAGCUUAUUUGGGGCCUCAACUACGAUACCCAUAGAGGGACAGUUAGCCUGCCCUCUGUCAAGGUUGAAAAGGCUUUCCAUUUGCUCCACCUUCCGGAAUUUGAUUUUGGAUGUCGGCGGGUUCCGCUGCGGCUGAUCCAGGAGCUGAGGGGCAACCAGCAGUACUGGCUGGCGGUCUUCCCUGGUCUGGCACCCUAUCUGGGCGCCACAAACGAUCUUCUGGGACCCCCGGAUGCUGAGGGAAAUGCAGUCCCCAAGGGAAGAGAACCUGAGGCCGUGUGGCGACGCUUCUGGGAGGCUGUCGAACUGCAGCGGGUGCUUGUGGACUCCCAGGCGAUUUGGGAGUCUCGUUUCUCGCACUCACUCCUCGGGGCCCUCACGCUGCCAGAAUAUCUCUCCUUUCCAGGACUACGAGACCGUGUAGUCUGGGCUUCUGGUGAUGCCACGACGGAGGUCGUCGGCGCUAUUGAUUGGGACGCUCGGGUGGCAGUCGUCGAACCUGUGAGCGACCUUUGGAGCCCCCUGCAGCUUCUGCUUAGAGACUCCACCCAACCCCAGGAGCAGGGGCCCGAGGGGUGUUUCACCCCCGGUCCCCAUCCGGUUGGCCAGGAAGAAGAAGAAGAGGUCAUGAUCUCUCUAGCAGAACUCCUUGCCGUGCUGGCCUUGGUGUCAGCUCGCUGGAAGCACUGGACGGGCAAAGUGGUCGUAUAUGCUGGAGAUAACCAAAAUGUGAUUCGAUGGAUUGCGGCAAGGGAGGCGGGACCAGCCGCCGCACGUUUCCUGCUCCAGGUUUUGGGAGCCGCGGAGGCAGCUGGGCAUUUCCGUUUCUUUGCUGAGUAUAUUCGAACGUAUCACAACGUUGCGGCAGAUGAUCUUACCCGGCGUCCGCCUGAGGAGGUGUUGCGAGAGAACAAGCUGGAAAGGGCGCAAGCGUCCGAGCACCUGCAGGAGCUGCUAAACCGCCCCUGGGCUCGGAGGGCCCUGAUCUGGUCCACUAUGGAGGACGACGAUCGCAGCGCGGCCCUUCAGCUCAGUAUCCGCCGCAACCCGCCGGGCCCGCCGGCAGGCGUGACUGGGCCGCUGAAGCUGCGGGUUUUCGAAUUCGCCGAGGGCCCACCCGUCUACACCCGAGAGUUGGCCAAGGAAGGAGCCGAGUGUAAGCACUAUCAGCGUGCGGAUGCCGCCUGGUCCGGACCCACAGCCCCAACCUCGCCCCAAGGAAAAUGGGACGUCGUUUGCUGGUCAUUGGGUAGGGGUGGUUCCUCGGUUUCCCUUGAAGAGGUCCUCAGGUGCCAACCUAAGGUUCUUAUCGUUGAUUCCCUCACUAGUCCCGGGCUGAAAGAUAUCGAGCAGGGUCUCAAGGAAGGGAUUACCAUCGACGAGGAGCCUGCUACGCUCCCGUUGGUGAAGUAUAACCUAGACUGGAAGCUCCCCGACCCCUCUGUGCCCCCUGAAGCCUGGAUGCCUGGGUCCUGGGACGGGCGCGUAGGAGGUAAAGGCAAGCAAGGAGGAAAG